UUUAAUAAUAAUAAUAAUAAUAAUGAGUCGCGAUCACCCUGUGACAGGUUUUCCUGAAGUCCCACAUCCACACAGAUCCAUUCCCCUCGACUGCGGCUCCUACUGUGCUGAGAUCAGACUGUGCAUAGACAUCAUUUUUUUUCCCGAUACCCUCUAAUUAUUUUUACAAGAACAUCUGGUUGUUUUUUUACUGACAAACGUGGUGUUUUGUUUGAUAUUUUCCUCUGUAAAUCGAGAACAUAUGGCGCAUUUUUCCAUGUGAAGUGCUGUCAGUCAAAUCGAUGCGGAUCGGAGCCGUCAUUAUCAAACGGGACUGAAUUAGUUCUUCAUUGUGAUUUAAGUAGCGCAAUAUGUGUUUUUGUAUGUGUUAUGAGGGUAACGUGUAUGUGUUUGAUCGGUACCGCAGUGUGCUGCAGGCCUGAUAAUCGGACGCGUGUGUCUGAUCUAAUCUUGGAGACGUCACGAGCUUUGACAGAUGUGUAGCUCUCGCGUUCAACUCUUCUGUUGCUCUUGAGUUUCGUUAUGGAUCUGAAUUUUUACUCGGAUCUUUCAGACGGAAACGGGAGGUCCGAUGAGUCUGAGUUUCUGGAUCCUCACGCGUUUAACGGAUUUGACGCGGUUCAGAAGUUCCCGGGAGGAAGUGAUAACUACCUGACCAUCAGUGGAGAUGGACAUCACUUCCUUUCAUCAGAGAUGUUCCACACCCCAAGCCUGGGCGAUGAGGAGUUGGAGAUCCCACCAAUUUCACUGGACCCCGACUCUACGCUCGGCGUCUCUGAUGUGGUUGCUACUUUUGGAGAACUGGGCGACGGUUCCUCAUCUGGCGUUCCUGUGAAUGCUGUGGUCGGAGGGAACGAUCCUUCUUUUGCCUCCACAUUUGUGAACGCACCCUCACAGGGACUCGAACAUCUCAGUCUGAUAAGUCAACAGCCCAUACUGGGAUCCACACUGGGAAUGGAUCUUGGCCAUCCCAUUAGUUCGCAGUUCAGUAACUCUUCACCAAUGACCAUCGAUGUCCCCCUGAGUGACAUGAGCCACAGCUUGUUGGGACACAAUCAGCUAACCACUAUUGACCAAUCAGAACUCAGCGCUCAGCUCGGGUUGAGUCUGGGUGGCGGCACCAUUCUGCCCCACCCACAGUCACCUGAUCAAUCACUGUCAGCCGCUGACUCGCCGUCUGAUUCCAUUCAGGACGAUGACAUGGACGAAUUUAGGCGAAGCAUGCUGAUGGAUUCGCCCGUCUCUCUGUCCGUGUCUUCAGGCGUCGUCUCUCUCUCUCCCUCCGUGUUGGAUCCACCCGUCAUUGCUCCAGCGCCUUCCCCUGCUCCUGUACGGAAAGCCACCGGAGGGGGUGGAAAAAAAGGCAAGAAAAAGAAAGACCCGAACGAGCCGCAGAAACCCGUCUCGGCUUACGCUCUGUUCUUCAGAGACACCCAAGCUGCCAUCAAGGGUCAGAAUCCCAACGCUACGUUCGGAGAGGUUUCCAAGAUAGUUGCUUCCAUGUGGGAUAGUUUGGGGGAGGAGCAGAAACAGGUGUACAAGAGGAAAACGGAAGCUGCCAAGAAGGAAUAUCUGAAAGCACUGACUGCUUAUAAAGCGGGUCAGCUGUCUCAGGCCACUAUUGAAGUGAUGGAUACCGCACCAUCUCCACCCGCAGCCCCUGAACCCCCACCGACCGCAACCCCGACGCGCUCCUCACGCAUCCCGCUGCACGCACCGGACAACAACACCAUCACCAACAUCUGCACCUCCAACAUCAUCUUAGACCUGCCGCAGGUCACCACGCGCUCCCGCACGGGGGCGCACAAACCUACCGCUCCCUCCCUGCCCGCCGUUACUAAAAUAACACUUCCAAAACAUCAGGCGCAGUCCUCGCCAUCAGCCGCCGCACCUCCGACCGCUCGCCAGCCUCCUCCGCUCCAGCAGAUGCAGAACACGCCUCCACCUCCACGUCUUCAACAGAUGGUACAUUCGCCGGCCCCUCCGCCUCUCCUGGCAAAACCGCGCGGGAGUGCCGGUGCAGGACAAGUCAUUGCCACGGCGCCGCCGCCUCCUCUCAAAAUAAAGAUAGUUCCUGCCCCCGUGCAGAUGGAUUUGAACUCGCAGAUCAUAGUGACGACUCCCGGCACGACACCGAUCGCUUCCACUGCAGUGGAGGAGUUACAGUCUACUGCUAUGGUGGAGGCGUUAUCACCAUCAGCAACAGAGGAGGUCGCAGAAGAAGGGAUGGAGGUGGAGUUAAAUGUUUCUCCAGGUCCAGACGUGACUCCGUCAGACGCUCCCAGUGUUUGCAUCCGUGCCGGCUGUAACAAUCCCUCUAUUGAGAGUAAAGACUGGGACAGGGAAUACUGCAGUAAUGAGUGUGUGGCUACACACUGCAGGGAUGUCUUUAUGGCCUGGUGUGCGAUCAGAGGACAAAACUCAACCACUGUUACAUAGAAACAUCACAGACGGACAAAGAGCUUUAUGCUUUGACAUUCAAAUAUCUGAAAGACCAUCAAGAGCUUAUAAACUCUUUGAGGAACAGAUGAAACACCUGAUGAUCAGCAAGAAUAAGAAACAUGAAAACUCCAUCAUGGGACUUACCUAAAAUGCAAUUUAUGGUAAAAAAAAGUUUUAUAUAUUUUAUAAUGUCAUAGUUGUUUAUCUCUCUCUCUCUCUCUUUCUCUGUGUGAUGAUGUGAGUCUACUCAAAUGCAAGUACACAAGCAUCAAUGCUAUACAUUACUAUUCUGUCUUUAAGAAAGCGAUUUCUAAUCAACUAAUAAUGCAAAGACUGAAGAAACAAAGACUUUAUACAGGAUUGUUGUUUUCUGCGUUUGAUGCCGUUCAGUAUAUUUUAAUCUGAAUAAGUGCGUGAUUUAAAUACCACACAAGAUGUACUAUGGUAACAAUAGUUUAUGAUCAACUGGUCUUGUUACCAUUACUGUAAAACUGAUAAUGUUCUGUUUGCAUCCCGUUAAACUAAAUGAUAACAAAUUUCUCUAGUUUGCCACACUGUUAAUGUGAUCACAUGUUGAUUUAUUAUCAUUUUACUGUAGUAACACUGACUGUAGAAAAUAUUAAUAUUAUAAUUGAAAUAUUCUGAAAAUUAAGAAACAUUUAAUGUGUUUUAUUAUCUUGCAAAGCUAUUAGAUCAGAGAAUGCAAAGUGAAUAACUGGAAACUGGUAAAGAUAUACUUCCCCAAAUAUGUUAUACUUUUGUUAACUGCUCAUUAAUUUAUGGAUUUUAUAAGAGGAUGAAUUUACUUCAUUCAUUUGUUGUUGUGUGUUUAGACUCUUUAAGUUUAAUGUCUCUUAUUCAGAUGAGUAAAUCGUGAAAUGAACAACCAAACAUAAACAAAAUUUUAAAGUGUGUUUGUGUCUCGUAUAUACAUAAAUGUAUAUAUGUCUAUGUCUAAUGUAUAAUAAUGAAUAGUUGAUGCCAACUUUUAUGCUGUGUAUAGAUAUUUUUAUCUUCAUUAAAAAUACCCAUCAAAUAAUUUAAUUUUCAUGAAUUGUGCAGAAAUGUUUUUGUCUCAACCUCACUUUUUGCUAUGUUAGCAAAUGUGCAGAUUUUAAUGAAUAAUGAAAUAAAUGGAUAAAGUUUGAA